CGGUGAGGUAGUGUCGCGACUGUGGUCCCGUGUUCGAUCACGUUCGCGUGACAUUGAAAGGUCUAAUCUCUCGUAUCGAUUCGUCGGACAAGUACCAGUGACGUCGUCCAUUCUACUACGUACCGGUAAUUGAAAUUUUUGCUCGGUGAGAACUGCUUUAUCGCGACGGUAACGCGUGGAAAUUUUGCAUUUUCGUUUACGCGUGAGAGAAAAUUUCGCGGCUACUUUUCUCUGUGCUGGUGUAGUUUGUUAUUACUUUUGGAGUGCAGCAUGACAACGUACGCCGGUCGACUUGGUCUCUAGAGACGUGAGUGCCAAAUUAAUACGCGCUUAACGAGCUCCAAUCAAACUAGCUUUAACAGAGCAUCGCUUGGAUCAUCGCGGGACGAGGCGUAGGAUGGGCCCGACCGCGCGAGCAGUCGUGCUACACUGAAGAGGAGGAGCUCCCCUGAAGAAGAGAGAGAAGGAGGAAGGAACGAAGGAUGCCUGCCUCGCAGACCGCCGCCACGGAGCGGCGAAACGAGAGGAUGAUCACACACGAGCCACCAAAAUUAAAAACGACUCUGAAAACGCCUCCUAAGCAAGCGACCAAUCCUCUUCAGUUCGUUAAAGUUGGACCAUGUUCUUUGUAUCGCACAGCCCAAGAACAGCUGCAAAAGGUCCAGGAGGUGAAGAAGAUAAAGCAAGAAGUUCGCGAUGAUCCCGAAGAUUGGCAAUCGAAUCUGGACAACUGGAAGAGUAGUCGAAGGAAGCGUCAGGAGCACAUCAUCGAGCGGGUGGUCGAGGUUAAGAAACUCGAGCUGGAGGAACACGAUCGGCAGCGUCGUCGAAGCAAGACUUUCUCGGAAAUGAUGGAAGAGAGAGGCAAUAGGGGUCGGAAACUGAGCAUCAGCUUGGCCAUGUACCAUGAGGAAGAUGCCAAUGAUCUGAGUGACCUUGGUAUAGGCACCAGCAGCGGAAAGAGCUCGGUUAGCGGUGACACCCACGAUGACACGCACAGUGUCUUGAGCGACAGAGACAGCGAGAUAGAGAAGAAUCACUCAGACGUGGACAACGUGACAAGCGAAAGCGUGAUCCAUAACGAUAUCACGACAUCGUCGGCGACCACGACAGCAACGACGACAACGACGACGAAGAAACCGUUUGGGAACGGGUUUCACAGCAACCAUAGUCACAACAAUCAAGAGUACGAUUCCGCGACAACGGCGACGACCAGCUCUCCGGAACCGGAAGAGUACACGUACGAGGGUGCGAUUCGCGGUUACGUGUCGCGGGUGUCGCAGAACAUACCUAGGCGAUCAUUGGUCAACCUGGACUCGAAGCUCGACAGCGUAAAGUCAUCGACGAACGGCUCGAAGACAAGCCUGAACGACGAAGCAAAGUCCACUAUACCGGUAGUCAAGGUGGACAUUCUAAAGAGGCGAGAGAUAUUCGAGAAAGCCUCGCAGAAGAGCAACGAGAGCAAAGUGAACAACAGGCUCUCCGGCGAUUUCACCGGUACGAAAUCGAUCAAGGAAAGGCUCUCGAAUCUGGAGAAGCAGAAGCACGAGGCAGAGAAUACCGAGAAGACCGGGAACAAGGCGUUGAACAGACUGUCGGGUGACAUGAGCUCGAUCCGUGAAAGAUUAUCUCAUCUGGAGAAGCAGGCGGCGGAGAGGGAGAACAAGAGUUCCGCGCAUCGUAAGCUGAGCACCGAAGAACUGGAGACAGUCAGACCGCUCCGAGAUAGAUUGUCGACCUUGGAAAAAUACAGCAGCAGCGACGAGUCAUCGGCACCUGGCACCGCUCACGAGUCACGACACAAUGGCGAGCUGUCCGCCAGAUCGAUAAAGGAUCGUUUGAGCGCUCUGGACGCGGCCAGGAGCAAAGAAUCAGCCGAUAAGAGAUCCUCCGUGGGCAAGCAUUCUCUAUGCUUCCGGGAUCAAGAGAACAGAAUCGACACCUCGACUCCUAGCGAGAGAAGCUCGUCGCCUGACUCAGAGUAUCGCGUGCCAAGAGCCGCCUUCCAUAGAAGCCUGGAUUCUCUGGACGCGGACGCUUCCAGCGGUCCUGACACGUUCGAGCGCGUGCAAAGCUUGGAGGAACUCGAUUACGGCAGACGUUAUCCGGCGUCCUCGUCGUCCGCUGAGCUGCUGAACGAUACCGAUCGCGAGGAUUCAGGGAUUCACACGGCUGACGUCAGCUGUUCCGUCAGCCAAGCCGACGAACCGGUAGACGAGGAUAUCGUGCACGCUAGCACGGUCAUAGAGAGACAGGAGGUGAUCGAGGAGAAACCGGAGGAACUUCGUGACGUCGAGACGGCGAACGAGACCAUCGUUGAACAGAGCGCCGCUGUAUCCGUGAACGAGAUCUCGACGACUUCUGCCAGUCAACCGGAAGCAGUAGUAGCAAAGAAGGGUACUGCUGACACUUCUGGGGAACUGUCGACUAACAAAUCACAAUCGCAGGCACACAUAGAGGUUACUAACUCUAGUACACUUCGUUCCUGUCCUGCUACGAGUCGCCCGAUCGUAUAUCAAAGUCCCAAAGUACCUCCGCGACGAUCACCUCCCGAAACGCUUCCCAAACCAAAGUUGCCUACCCCAAAAGAACAUACCGAGACCAAAACAGAUUCUCUGCCCGCUAAGGAAUCGAACUCUAUUGCGUCUAGCACCAAGCUUCUCGCAGACGAGCAGGAUCCCAAAUUCGGUGUCGACGAGAAGGGUCAGAGUGUCUCGAAAGAGGACUCGACCAAAGUUAUGGGCUCGUCUCCAGUAUCAUUAGACUCUGCUGUCGCAGACAAUUUUCCCCUGUCACCUACCAGGGUGACAGCCGUUCCAACCAACCUUCAGUUAGAGUCUAACGCUACCUCAGCUUCGAACAGUGCCGCGAAAGAAGUUCCAAAGACCACACCAGUCACGUCUCCACGGGCAGCAUCCAAGAUUCCCACGCCACUUCCCCGGAAGACGAUAGGCGCCAAGUCGUCCCCGACCAGUUCUACGUCCUCCCUUAGCCCACCUAUUUCCCCAUCUUCCCCGAAAACGCCGUCACUGAAAGGAAGAACGUCUAACGUUAAGAGUCCAACUGGUCAGAUAUCGUCACCUCAAUUCCCGAAAGCAUCAGAGAUACCGAUCCCAGUCGGCUCCAACGUGUCGUCUAGCUCUAAUAUCCCCGUCUCACCUUCCUCGAACCUGGAACAGUCACCCUUGGCAUCCUUUAGCACGAAACACCUCUGCUCCCCCACGUCCAGCACGAAACACCAGGUGACGGUGGGUGAAGAGACACUGCCUGCAGAAAGACGCCGAACGGUGGUGGAAAUUUGCGAAAAGGUGGUGGUACCUCAGGGCAAGACACCUACGACGCCUCCAGUGACGCCAUUCAUCACCGUGGAUCGCGUCAAUGAGAAGCACAGCUCAGCGACCGAGGAACCGAUCGUUAUCGAGAAAGCGGACGACGAGGAGGCAGCGGCGAUUUGCCAGCCGAGCCCGCCAGUCGAACACGAAGAGCACGAGGAAAAGGAAGCGGCGAUGAACGGAAAGAUCGAGCCGUACGAGCCACCGGCACGAAAGUCGAUCGAGGAGUCGAUCGACGCGCACGAUGCACCUGAGACCGAGCCCGCGAACGUCCCUGCGCCUGAAAGACCGACGACCUUGACCUUCGGCAAGCAGGAAAUCGCCAUGGUGGACACGAUGAGCCUGCUCAGCCCCAUAUCGCCGAUCUCGAAACAGAUUUUGCCGCUGAAUCUAUCCAGCGACGAGGAGAUAGUGGCCGGUCUGGCGUUUCCUCUGGGGCCCCCGACCAGCGGAGAGCCUCCAAAGGAGAAACCACCGCCGCCUCCAGUGGAUAUCAGCGACGAGGAGAGUCUCCCAGUUGAACCGCUGAAGAGAUUGAAUUCUACCCGGAGAAUAAAGAAGGAACUACGCACGAGGCGCUCCGAUUUCCUCGGAAUCGAAGGGGUGAACGAUGACGAGUUGGAACGGGAGCUAACUCUGACGAAGCCUCCAGACAUGGCGGCGAUCCUGGCUGAGGAGAGACGCAUCGAGCAGCUUCAUCGUCGUUCGUACGACACUGACAGCAAUUACGAACAGGACUCCAGCCACGAGAGAGACUCCGGCGUGGAACUGGGCCACGCUGAAGAUUGGACCAAGCAGCCAGUUAGCCCUGACAUGUCCCAGCACAGUCGCCAAAGCAGCGAACCGUUCGGCGCGAGCGUGACAUCUUCGGAAGAAGACGAAAUCACGAAGAAAGAAAGGGAGAUCAUCGAGGUCCUCGAGAAAGAGGAGCAGUGGCGGUACGACAACAAUCGUGAGAUGAACAGUGACUUGGGCGAGAAAUUGGCGCACAAGCUGCGCGAGUUGGAAGAGGAGAAGAUGCAGCUGGAGAGAGAGCGGGCGCAGGAAGCGGCCCUGCGACGACAGGAAGAGACCCUGCGCAAGAACGAGGACAACAUACGAAAGCAGGAGGAGAUGAGGAAACAGCAGGAGGAGUCGGCGAGGCAGCAGGAAGCGGCGCGAGCUGAGGCGGAAGCGAAGCGUGCCGAAGAGAAGAGGCAGGAGGAAGAGCUGAGAGCCCAGGCUGAACAGCUCAGGAUUCAAAAUGAGAUCGAGGAGGAGAGGAGGGUGGCUGAUGCCCGACGCAUCGAGGAAAAACGUAUUAGGGCCAUGGAGAGUCAGAUUCGAGAGCAAGAGAACACGGCGUUGGUUGGUGCUGGUUUGAACGACGAAGAAGACGAGUUUGCUUCCGGGGAAGUCCUGAGAGUGGAAAGAGAAUUGCUGCAGUUAGAACAGGAGGAACUGAAGCGUCAACGAAACAAUUUGGCGUAUCGCGAACAGAAGCAACUUAAAUUGGCAGAACAAUUGCAGGAGCAAUGGAAAUCCUUGCAGGACGUUGCACACAGCUCUGCGAACAACAUACAGCAAUUCAAGAGCCAACCACCAGUGAAUUACAGAUCGUCGAUGCCGAAUCUUCAGCUUCAGGACGUGCAAAGAAGAAGACCUCCGCCACCUCCUAUACCGCCAGCUAAACCGUUGCGUUUGAUCGAACAGAGACAAAGAGAUGUCACCAUUAGGAGCAGCAGGAUUCCAUCGGCGGAUUCGAUCCCUCAGCAAGUGGACGCUUCUCUGCGACACAGUGCAUCGGUUACGACGCUAUCGACUCAUGCUGGUCAACAAAUGAGCAGGCAAACGUUGCAAGCUCUCAGCGCAGUUCCUCGGCCACGAAUCGUUCAGAGCGACCAAUGGGUCCAACGGAGGAAGAGCGACGUGCCACGAGGUGCUCACGAUCUGAACUAUCAGCAUUGGCUCAUUCAGGAAGCGGAGCAAAGAAGGAUUAGCGAAAAGAAUCAACGAUCACCAGCCCGGAAAUCACAAAUGCACGUAACGGGAACCUCGGUUCCUUAUGCUACGACUCCUACGAGGACAGAUAGUAAACCAUUGCCUGACUCUAUCAUACAGACUCUGACGCAAAGAGUGCAGAACAGAGCGCAGGAAAAACCUCUGCCACCGAGAAGGAGAUUAGAGCAUAGUACGAGUCAGGAACACCUAUCUGCCCUGCAGCAUCAACCUCAGCAACAUGUUCUGCAGCCACAGAAACCUCAGCAACCACCGCCGAUAAAUCAGGAGAAUCAAGAGAAAAUGUUAAGUGUUAGUGGGAAGAAGAAGUGCUCGCAUUGUGGAGAUGAGUUAGGUCGAGGCGCAGCGAUGAUCAUCGAAAGUCUGCGACUGUUCUAUCACAUGGAAUGUUUCAAGUGCUGCGUGUGUCACGUUCGACUCGGUGAUGGAUUAAUGGGAACAGACGUGCGCGUUAGGAAUCAAAAGCUUCACUGCCAUAACUGCUACUCCAGUGACGAUGGUGUCAAGUUCAGUUGCGUGUGAAACCGAAACGGAUGAGUGGCUAAUGGGACCACAUUGACUAACUUGAAUAUAGCAUCAUUCGGCUAUAUUUUAUAAGUUAUAGUUGACCACUUAGCUACCAGUGACACGCGACAGUGACACCAACGAAUUUAUAUUCUUUUCUGUAUAUAAAACUCCGACAGACGGUACGUACGAGAAGCAAUGGACAUGGGUCCUCGUUCCGCGUAUGGUAUUCCUUCGUGCGCUUUAAUUUAAAGAUGGCAACAAGAUUUUCUUUUCAAGUAACGCCAAUUUCUUUUCAAUCGACUAACCGUAGGACGUACAGAGAGCAACAUGUAAAUAAACGUGUAUUUAUGUAAUUAGCGUAAUAAUAGGGAAAAAGAAUCCAAUGAGAAAUCGCAAAGAGGCAGCUGUUUCCGUCGACCAUUGAGAAAAAUGCGUCGAUUUUGCGUGAAUUUAGCAAAAUAUCGACGAUCGAUUCACAUGUAUAUUUUUGUAAUAUAGUUACCCCGUGGUAUUUAUGAGAGAAGUCCCCUCUGAUGUGUGACGGCUAUAAUAACAAAAUCUUCUACCCCUUUUCUAUUCCUUUAUUCUUUAACUUCUAUUCUCUCUUUUACCCUUCUCCUUUUUUCUCUUAGUUUUCUUCAAUUUUUCUUCUUUCUUUCAUUUUUCUAAAUACUUACGAAUCAGUAGUUGAUUUCAAUCGAAUCAAAUAACUUCUCUAUCUUCCACGAGCGAUCGUUUAGACUCUAGUUGAUUAUUACGGUAGCUGCAUAACGAGAUGCAAUUUCAAGGCUCGAGUUUUGUGUUCUUUCCUUCCCUUCACUGUGUCGAAACAGAAAAUACACGAUGCGUCGCGACUCGGCGACGUUGACAUUCGUUGCCCUCGUGAUCGACCACGAUCGUCGACAGUCGUCAUAUCGCAUCGGACCAUGCAUACUUGCUAUUGUGAAAUAUUGUAUGAUAUGUGUCUCGUGUUA